CGAAACCCCGAAAAGAGAAACACGGGCGAGGUGACCAUGUGCGCGUAGUCUAUUUUGGAAACCAUCGCUAUUUUGUUCCAAAGCGGGUACCUUGCAGAUUGCAAAGUAAACAUGUCUCUGCAGAGGAUAUGCAGGUUGAGUCGCAGUUUGCGAGCUAAAACGCCUGCUCUGCUAGUAUGUCGGCGCGAGAGCUCAGAUGCCCGCCCAGAGGACGUGAUGCUGCAGCAGUAUCUGCCAGAUGCCCGUCCUGACCCCGAGACAUACAAGGACCGGUGGGCGUCCGAGGCAUCCGAGAAGUACACCAAGGUUGAAGAAGUUCCCGGACACUGGCACUAUGUGGAGCGUCUUCUCCCUUUGAAGACGGCACCAGAGCCUCCCAGGCAUGAGGGCCGAGCCCCUUCUGGCUGGCAGCCACCAUCCCCUCUGCCUCCCCAGCUGCCUUAUUUUGUGCCACGAACACGAAACCACUUGCUUCCCGUUUACCUCAGGACAGAAAUACGCGGGCCAAGGCUUAUCACACGGGUGAAGCACAUCGAAGGCGACAUCUGGGCAUUUCACGAUGAACUGAAGAAACACCUCGAGAGCUUGGUCAACAAAGAAGUGCUCUCGCAGGUACACGAACUUGGAAGCUAUGUGGGCUUCAAAGGUGCCUUCGUGGAAGAGCCUGCUGGUAGCGGCAGCACAAGGUUAGGUUUGAAGGUGAAUGAACUUGAAAGCAAUGGCGAUGGUGAUGAUGGCCAUGAGGAGAGGGAAUACCAGUGUCCAUAUAGAGAAAUGUCGGACGAGGUGUACUCGAACGAGACCCCGUUCCUAAAACUCGAUUGCCGCGUUGCAUUCGAGGGGCUCAGCGAUCGGGAGAAAAAGUAUGCUCACUACCUCAGCCGGGCGUCCUGGUUCGGUGGCCUCAUCGUGCUCUUCCAGACAUCCCGCGAGAGCCCGCUCAUCUUCUUGCUACUGGAGCGGCUCUUCCGUGCACAGAACUUGGAUUCACUCAAGGCUUUAGCUUUGGAAAAGGCUGGCUUCAAUGAGGAAGAGUUCAAGGCACUGCUUGUGUACGCUGCAGCAUUCUACUCCAACAUGGGAAACUACAAGGGCUUUGGCGACAACAAGUUCAUACCCGGCGUGGCAAAGGACAAGCUGGAGAAUCUCUUGAGGCUGAGCAAGGCUUGGGAGGAGGAACCUGCAGCGCUGGAGCACCUCUGGUCCGAGGUGUCCGAUCCGCUGUACUCUCUUCGCGACUCUGAGAAGCAUCUUGGAUUCCCGCCAAAGGCGACCACCACUUACUUUUCAAAGAACUGCACAGAAAAGGAUGCGGAGCUGGUGUCCAGCUACAUGAAACAGAAGGGUAUCGAGGGCUACAUCACGAGGCUAUUCAAGCGACCGGCUGCUGAGGCUGGCGACCAGGAUCACUAUGAGAUCCGCUUCGCAUCUGUUCUAUCUACAGAGGAUCCCGAGAGUUCCAAGUUUCUGGUGUGUGAUGUGAUGGACAAUAGCAGGGUCACCUUUACUCGGGGCGACUACUCGCCGCUGCUCAAACUCACCGUUGAUAACCUCCGGCUUGCUCAGGAGAAUGCAGCUGACGACACGCAGCGUCAGAUGCUGGGCAAGUACAUUGAGAGCUUCACAGUGGGCAGCCUGGAUGCCCACAAAGAUGGCUCGCGCUUCUGGAUUCGCGACAAGGGGCCCAACGUUGAGUCGUACAUAGGAUUCAUAGAGACGUACAGGGAUCCAGCUGGCAUACGUGGUGAAUUCGAAGGCUUUGUCGCCAUGGUGAACCGGCCGCAGAGCGAGAAGUUUGGCGCGCUGGUAGAAAAGGCCGAGUCGCUGCUGCAGCUGCUGCCAUGGUCCAAGAGCUUCGAGAAGGAUCGCUUCCUGCGGCCAGACUUCACCUCGCUCGAUGUCCUCACCUUCGGCGGGAGCGGCAUACCUGCGGGCAUCAACAUUCCAAAUUAUGACGAAAUUCGGCAGAAUGAGGGUUUCAAGAAUGUUUCGCUGGGUAAUGUCAUCAACGCCGACGACAAGUCCUCCAAGGCAAACUUUAUGACAGCCAAUGAUAACGAGCUCUUCAACAGGUUGAAAAACCAGGCGUUUGAGGUGCAAGUGGGCCUGCAUGAGCUUCUGGGCCAUGGCAGUGGCAAGUUGCUGGUGCAGCGCAAGGACGGCACCUUCAACUUCGACCACGAGAACGUCAAGGUGCCCCACGUUGGCUUGGGAGCAGACCCCGAGGCCAAGGUGUCGAGCUGGUACAAGGAAGGCGAGACGUACGACUCGGUCUUUGGGGCCCUGGGUUCGUCCUACGAAGAGUGCCGGGCAGAGUGUGUUGGGCUGUACCUCUGCACUGUGGAAGACGUUCUCAAGCUGUUUGGCUUUGAGGGUGACCUUGGCCAGGACGUGGCGUACGUCAAUUGGCUCACCAUGGUGGUCAAGGGAGUCGAGGGAAUGCAGACCUACAACCCACACACCAAGUCCUGGCUUCAGGCACACUCGCGCGCCCGGUUUGUGAUCAUGCGUGUGCUUCUGGAGGCGGGCGACUUGGUGGAGAUCCGCGAGACUACCGGCGAGGACGGCAAGCCGGACUUGCUCAUCACCGUGGACCGGACAAAAAUCCUCUCUUUCGGCCGUCCCUGCAUCGAGCAGUUCCUCCUCAAGCUACAGCUAUUCAAGUCAACGGCCAAUCUUCGUGCAGCCACGGAAAUGUACGAUCGGUACUCCGAAGUGAGCGACAUUGGCCGCUAUCCCUUCCUCAAGUAUUGGGACAUUGUGAUGGCCCGCAAGAAGCCCCGACGUAUUUUUGUCCAGAGCAACACAGUUCUCAACGGUGACAAAGUGGAGCUCAGAGAGUACGAGUCAACUCCAGAGGGUCACCUGCAGUCGUGGCUCGAGCGUUUUGACGCAAGCACAGCCAGGGAACUUGACCGGGUUGUGCUUGACUUGUGGAAGAAGGACAAGGACCACUUUUGAAGCGACCGCGUUUAGAGCCAAUGACACCGUCUGUUUCAUCACACGGCCUAGAAGAGGCACGUGAUGAGGCUUACAAUCGUUU